UUUUCUGAAAUAUCAAUUUGUAAUGUUAUUCGUUCUUGUCCAAGACUCCAACGACUUGAUCUUAGCUAUUGUAAAAUUAAUGAUAUAACUAUCGAAGAAAUUGCUAAAUCGAGUCUUAAUUUAAAAUAUCUUAAUCUGAAAGGGUGUGAUAAUAUUAGUAAAGAAGCUGUAGAUCAGCUAAAUCCAAAUACCCAUGUCGAGAAUUACUGA